GACAUAAUAAUUCACACACGCAGACACACACGCGCGCAUACAUUUAAACAUAGAUAAUGAUUUAGAAAAAUUCUUCUCCCCCCCUCCCCUUUUGCUCAAACAGCAGACGAAUUUCGAAUUCACCAGAUAGUUAUAAUUUUAUGUUUAUCUUUCAACUCGCGUUUCCGUUUCUUUCAAGUUGCAUGUCAUUCGCGUAGAGGUUUUAGGUUGCUAUUUUUAGCGGCUGUUUUAACAACGGUCUCCGGAUACGUGCGCGUCUAAAGUCGUCCAUGUAAUUUGAGGGCAUUUAUGACGUGAUUAUUCGUUGUUGUGUUUUUUUUGGCGUAGAGGACAACGGAUUUUUGUCUCCUUUUCUGAAGACGGUGUCAUUUUAUAUUCUUCCACCCAUUAUGGACGUCUGCUGGGAAAUUUUCUGUGGCGUGAAAAAAAUGUUAAUGUGGAGGCGAGACGUUGAGACUUGAUAUCCGAGAAGUUAGCCAAGUUCAACAACCACUCUGUUUCCAAAGGUGUUUUCCCCCCACACUGUGAGAGUUCAUUCCCGAAAGGUACCCCAAGGAUCUGAAGGAGUUAUUGUUUUAUCGUUGUAUUUUAUCUCAUACAAUUUCCUUGCCUUGAGCAAUAGAGACGAUUUCUGCUGGACAUUGUAUGAAUGAGGCCCAGUUGUCCCCCCGAUGUCCGUGUCACGCCCUCAGACACACAACUGCAGCAGCGCCGGUCAGCGACGCUCGGACACAGCAAGUCUUCAGGACACCCUCCAGCCACCCACAGCCGAAGACAGGACCAGGACUCUGUGAUGUUGCGGCGCUGUUGCUGUCUGCUGUUUCUGGUACAGCUCUCCCUCCUGUCGGCUGUCGUGAGCUCCUACCUUCACCAGUUGGCUCUGUCGCCCGUGUCUGCCCACACAGUUGGGACGUCACGCCAGGAGACUCAGCGCAUCGGUCACCGCUCGGCUCAGAUCUCACACAGAGCUCACCACGAGGCGGCGAAGUCGGUCAGAGCAAAGCCCAUGGUCAAGAUGAAGCCGAUUCCUCUGGAAUAUCUACGAGCCCAGCUUCGUCACGUGACUUCCCCCAUGGACUUUCUCCGUCUCUUUUCCGACUCCCGCGUCAGCGAUCAGCAGCUCGGUGAUUGGAUGAGGAGUGAAGGUCAAGGUCACGUGAACCACCAUCCUGCGCAUGCGCAUUACCAGAAGGAGGCAUAUGAUGACGAUGACGUCAUGGCCAGUGGUGAUGGAGAUUACGAUGGUAGAGAGGACAUUGAAAAGGAGGAUAGUGGGAAGAUCGGUCGAUAUGCUGCGGAUACUGAAGAUGGAUAUAAUGUGGAUCGAGAAGAUGGAUACAGUGUGGAUGCUGUAGAUGGAGGGGAUGAUUUGGUCGUUGAGGACUAUAUGGAUUACCCUGGAGAUGACCCUGCCAGCGCCAAUAUGGAAGCCCCUUCUCCAGCUGACCUCAAGGGGCGCCUCCAGAAGUCCGCGGAUCGUCUGCUCAGGGCAGGGAAGUCGCCAGCGUUCGAAGCGGCCUUAUACCACCUGGAGGAAAUGACCGACAACCCGGCGCUACAGUGUAAGAAACCCACGCCCUUCGUGCACUACAUGAGCGACCCUACGGGGCUCAACCGCAUCUACAUCCCAGAAUGCGUCAUUCUGCACCGAUGUCUCAACUUCUCUGGAUGCUGUGGGCAUGCGGGGGACUGCGUGCCCAAAACUACAAACAUCGUAAGGAAAGCAUUCUUGGUUCUGGAGGGUCAUGACGCAUUGUCGGAUCACGUGAUGUUCAGCCCACAGAUGGCCCAGAUGAUCUCAUUGGUCAACCACACUGAGUGUCACUGCAAGGAGAGGAAGAAAAUGCCCAGCUGCAGCAAGAAGUGUCCAGCUCCGUUCCGACUGGUGCGAGACGCGUCAGGCUGCUCGUGUGACUGUCGCGUGCCGGACCCGGGCCAAAAGAUCACGUGUGAGGCCAUCAAAGAGGGCGUGAUCCAGCUCUCACAGGCUGGCCUAGUCUGCAUCAAGAACGGCAACUGCUACAAAGCCAAGUGCUCGGAGAGCGAGUUCAGCGUAAAGACUGGGUAUUGUCCCGUGUCUGACAAGUACGCCCUGCCCAAGUUUUUAUUCGAACGGGAGGAAGACCGACGCCAGUAUCGAAAGCACCUGCGUCACGUCUUGAGGCAGCCGAGCAAUUUCAACUACUACCCUGAAAGUGCCACCCUCAAUCUACCCAAUAACAAGAACCUCCCGAAGAAACCUGAGAGCAGAAGAGCAGAGCCUCCGCAGCAAAAAGACUUAUACCCAUCCAAGUCUGGGUCAAAAGCUGGGUCAAACGUUUCUGAAGGGAAGAAAGAUGCCCAAUCUGAAAAUGCUGACGUUGUGCCAAAAGGAGAUACUGACUCUAAGGCAGACGGAUAUUCUCAAAAGCAACGGCAAAUACAGCAACAAAAACAGCGACAACAACAACAGCAACAACAGCAACAACAACAACAACAACAACAGAAUAAACGACAACAACAGCAACAACAACAAAAUCAGCAAACUCGUUCUAAAGACUUAACUACUUCGCCGACUAGCUCUCGUGAAGUCGGAGAAGAGAACCCAACGGCCCUCACCCCGUCCACUGUGACAGACGACGAUGAUGACGACGACGAUGACGACGAGAGGGUCCGUGAGAAGCCAACUACGUCUAGACGUCGGGGAUACCAACCGGCGAUGAGCACUCGCCGAGGUCCCACCAAACACGCCGUCAGCUCUGGUUGGCACGAGAGCUUCAGACGCUACCCUCAUCAAACGAGGCCGCCACCAAGGGCUGACGUUACCCCGAGUGCAAAGCUCAAAGCGAUAGGAGGAGGUGGAGGAGGUGAAGGAGGAGGAGGAGGAGAGGAGGGAGGCCAUUCGGAGGUUAAGGGUUUGGUUUCGCCCACACACUCUUCACCAUCUCCGACGGAACCCCACAAUCCGUCAUGGUCUUCAUCAUCGUCAUCACCACCGCCAGUUCACUCAUCAUCAUCAUCAUCAUCAUCAUCAUCAUCAUCAUCAUCAUCAUCAUCAUCAUCAUCAUCAUCAUCAUCAUCAUCAUCAUCAUCACUACCGCCAUCAACACCAACAACGACUUUCCCCCCUUCACUUUCCUCAUCAUCGUCUGUGAUUCUUGCUCACCUGACUUCUGCCGUUGACUUGCCAUCGCCCGUGACGUCAAUGAAGCCUCCAUCAGCAGGCUAUACCCUCCCUCCCCCUCCCCCAGGGAGUGACGUGGCGUCCUCAAAGCUAUCGAAAACGACGGCAGCGUCUCGACGAAGAAGAAAGAAGAAGAAACCUAAGGCAAAUGAUGAUACAGAGAGCUCUAGGGGAGCGGAUGAUGUUCUUAAUGGUUUUUACAGUUACGAUUAUUCCGUUGACGGGUCUGGUGAUGAUUUUGACAAUUCGUUUACUUGAUGAUGUCAUACAACCCCCCAAUACAGGACUAAAGCGCGAGUGACCAGUUAGAAUUUGUUCUGGAUCUGGGAGGCUUAGCGAGUGUUUUAAGCUCAUUGUUCCAGCUGAUUUUAAAUGGAGGUUAGUUGAGAGAUACUACGAGACACCAGUUCACAAUCCUCCAAUGGUACAAUACUCGACCACAAUGUUGAAGAGCCUGGUUCUAAUCUCUAACAUUACAUUCUUGAAUCAUGGCUGUACUAAGAGUUUUCAAUACCAUCCACUUACUUGGUUUGAUCCUUAUGAGAGAUGGACGUUUAUUUCGGAGGUCUGGCCUCUUAAAUAAGUACUCGUGUACAGUGUUGAAGGGUAAUUUUAAUCCAAACUUACACAAAAAACUAAGGUUCGUCCACAGAUUCGAAAAUGACCUUGAGGUACUUUUUAUGGAAAGGGCCCAAUACAUCAACUUCCAGGACUUCAUCUUAAUAAUUCGCCCAAUGCCAUUGACUCCUACCAGAAACUCAUGUAAAGUGACCCGUGUUUUGAUACCUCCUAAAUACAAUCGCAAUGAUACAGACAGUACCUAGACAUUAGCACCAGCUACUCUAAACUGUGAUCUGAUGUUGAUAUCGUAUAAUGAAAAAAGGUAUCAUGAAUACAUUUAUCACUUUCCAGUUCGUGACAUCUUGAAUUCCCGAAUUUGAACUUGUGAGACUGAUGAUACUCCUUACAUUCAGCAAGGAGGGACUAUUUAGGGUGUUACCAAAUUAUUAGAACGGACAGGUUCUAUUAUUUCAUGUGACCCAGAAAUCUUCCAGUGAUAUUCGCUACUUUAUCGAUUGACUGAUUGUUAUAUACAUGCAUUUUGAGUCCUCAGUGAUACGAUUUAUUUACUCAGAAGGCGGGUUACUUCGUGGGCAGAGAGAGUUCUAUCAGAUUCUCACGAAGGUGACUUUCCCUCAUGCGAAUUGGACCCGCACUUCUCUUUUACAUAGCAAAGAGACGAACAAAAUAUGUGAAGGCCUGAACCUCUUUCUCGGGGACCAUGACGAAAGUUAAUGCACUGGAUGAUCUUUAUUUCUAAUCUGGCUGCCCUCUGGCUUGUAGGUAAUGUCACUACCUCAGAAUUACGAAGUUAUGUCAUCUCAGUAGCUAGUUUUUGUGGAAUUUGACGUCAAAGAUCUUGAGUUUCAUAUCAUUUCAAGUUUUUUUUAUGCACUUCUUUGAAUUUUUUUAUAGCAACUUCCAAUAAUCUUACGAUUUUGAUGGAGCAGAUAGAACUUUUGGUCUCUGACCUCAUCGUUUUAGUAAUUCAAAACAGCCAAGAAUGUUAAAUAGAACCUUGUAAUUCUGAGGGUGCGAUGUAUGAACCUUCCAGCUGAGAGAGUCAGAGAGAGGCUCUAUCCUUACGUGCCUGCUGGCUCGUGUACCGAUGUAGAAAUAUAGAGAGGGUUAAGUUUACAAGAAUAUAACUGAGAAAGAGAGAGAGAGAGAGAGAGAGAGAGAGAGAGAGAGAGAGAGAGAGAGAGAGAGAGAGA